CUUCAGCGCCCUGGGCCCCAGCGAGUCCGGUGCUGGGGGGACCCCUGGACCCUGCUCGCUGGGGGCAGUUACCGGGCUGCACCUGUGCUGGGCGUUACUGCGGCAGCUCAGGGCCGCUUCCCCCCCGCCCGGCCCCGGCCAUGAGCCUGCAGGCCCCUCCCCGCCUCCCGCCAGCCCGUCUCCGCGGCUGCAGCGCCCGCGUGGAGUCCGGGGAGCGCCCGCCGGGGGGAGCCUGGGGCCUGGCUGAGCCUCCUGCAAUGACGGACGACGCCGUGAAGCUGCUGCUGCGCCGCUUUUACACCCUGCAGGGGGAGCGGGUGGAAGCCUAUCGGCUCUUUGAGGAGGGCCACCGGGCGUAUCUGAGCAGCGGGCCGCACUACGACUUCCUCCGCUACCGGCAGCUGGUCCAUGAGAUCACGCAGGCCUUCAGCGGCAUCUCCCGGGAGAUCCUGCAGCUCAAGGAGCAGCUCCAGGCGGAGCACGGGCGGCCGGAGCUCGCCCAGCACCUGUCCAGGGUCCAGCAGAAGGAGAAGGAGAAGCUAGAGCUGACGGCCCAGCUGCAGCUCGCCAGGCAGAACGCGCAGGACCAGCCCGGCGUGCCGGCCCACCAGCAGGAGGUGCAAGAGCUGAAAUACAAGCUAAUUAAAACCAUUGAGGCAAUCAGCGAAAUUCUCCAGGACCUCAAGUACGAUUCGGAAGAAGCCGAGUGAUGGGUCUCCCCGUGGGAAUGGCCGGAGGAGGCGGGAAGCGCUGGAGGGGCCCAGCUGGGCGGAGCGCUGGGCUGCACUGCGGGGCUCUUGCUCACGUCGGGGUCUCGCUCCAUGGCGGGAUCCUCUCCCCAGCAAACCUCGGCCCUGGCACUCCUGCAAGAGACAUGUCCGGGGCCCUCUCUGCCAGGCAGGCAGCGGCCUUUGCAAGGGAGGAGCAGCUCAACGCUGGGCUGUCCCAGCGCGGGCAGGUUUGCGAAAGGGCUCCAUAGCCAGCAGCUCCCAGUGGGAACAAUGGGGAACCCCCUCCCGUGCUGAGUGCAAUGGAGAACCCCCCACUGAGAGCAUCAGGAGCUUUGGGGGCUGAGCUCUCUUGACAAGCUUUCCCCUAGUGUCCAGUUCGGUGCCGGGGGGGUGCCCUCGAGCCCGUCGGGCAGGGUCAGCGUGCAGCCUAGACAUGGCGCUGUCUGGCCGGCAGGGCUGAAUGCCUCCUCCCGCAGAGCCAGGGGCCCUUUGAGUACAGACAGAGCCAAACCUGCAGAGUUGGGGAGGGAUCUUCCAAGUCCCAAGGUGGCUGUGGGGGGUUGCUGUGCUCCUAAAUCCUCUGGGUGCUUGGGAAAGCCCCCCCCCCCAGUGCAGCAAAGUGUUUUAACCACGGGCUGCGACCUCUUUCCAGUCUGGCGUUAUGAAGGCAGGUAGCGUUCUGUGGCGGGGUCUUGUCCUCACUGACUGAGGCGGCUGCGCUUGUUUGUGGCUCAAUAAAAGGCAGGCGGGAGCUCA